GUUCGUGUACAUCAGCGAAAAGUGCAUGGUGCAGCAUGGGUUGACAUGUGGAGAAUUAAUUAAUUGCACUAUUAUUAGUAUUAGCAGACUACCCCCCCCCCCAAAAAAAAAAUUGGUCUAGCAGUGGGUAUGACCGCGGUUAUCGCUUACAGUGACACUUUGAUGCUGCAUAGGCCUACUACUAGUUCUAAUGUAUCAAAAUAUUCAACUGGCAACAGCCUGACAGUUAGCGCGGAGCUGGCUUCGUUGACUUCCAGUUUCCAAUUCAUCCUGGACUUUUCGCCCCCGGUUUUGAGGUACCAAGGUUACUGUACAGGUACAUGUAUACUUGAAACGAAAGUUCUAUGUUGGACGACUUCAGGUGCACUGCCAGGGAUUUGAGGAACUCACACCAUGCUCAAGGACCUGACCCCGGGAAGUUCUGAGAUUGAUUGGUGUGAAGAUAAUUACUCAGUGUUUCCAUUCAUUGCUGAAUUCUACAACACAAUCAGCAAUGCCCUCUUCUUUGUGUUCCCGCCCCUCAUGUGGGCACUAUCCAAGGAGUACGCGCAGCGUGUCAACCCUUCCAUCAACCUGAUAUGGCUGCUCCUGAUGGUUGUCGGAGCGUGCUCCGUCUACUUCCACAGCACCCUGAGCCUGGUGGGCCAACUGCUUGAUGAAGUUGCUAUUCUGUGGGUGGUCUUGUGCGGUGCAGGCCUGUGGUUUCCACGGCGAUACUAUCCGAGAGUCCUCAAUGGAAAUAGGAAGGUUUUCCGUAUCAUCAUAACCAUAUUGACACUGUGUGGAACAGUGAUCGCCUUUGUCAAGCCAUGGCUCAACUCCUUCCUGAUGAUGCUUUUUAUUGUUCCUGGCGUCAUUACAUUGUACCUGGAGCUCAAGAGGGUCCACUGUCCGCGAGUGACCCGACUCGGUCGCACCAACUUGUGUUUGUGGGUCUUGGCCACCACCUGUUGGGUUCUGGAUCGUUUGUUCUGUGACUUCUGGCUGUUGGUGUCCUUCCCCUAUCUCCACUGCUUCUGGCACAUCCUGGUUCUGGUUGCCUCCUACAGCUCAGUCAUGCUCUUUGCCUACUUUGAUGCCAUGAAUGAGUUUCCUGAGAUGGGUCCCGUCCUCCGCUACUGGCCCAAGGACCACUACACCAACUUUGGUAUCCCCUAUGUCACCCUGAAGUGUGUUUCGGCCAAACCAAAGGAAUGAAAGACGUACAUGUACAUUGUUGUACACACACAUGUACUUGUUCCGCUUACCCCCAAAUCAUUCCUAAUUUACUGUCCCGAUUUUUUUUAAUAUUCAGAGCGCAAACAGAACAUUCCAAUUUGCAUUAGAAAAAAAAAUACUAGAGAAGUUUCAGCAAAAGAGGGUGCUAUUUGCUAUGUCAGAAUGGCAGGUGUUAGCUUCGUAUAUGAUUUUACAUGUGUAAAAUGGCUUCUCCGGCACGGCUCUCCAUCUUGCUUUGAACCCAUAAAAUGGGAGUCCCGAUUUCUGACUUCUCCAUGUUGGCAGGUAUGGCUAUGUAGUUGUGGGGACAAACGUGUCAUUACGUCAAUUUUAUUCUGGACCAAAAAUGUUGUAGGGACAAAGAAAUGUCGCCACAACUCGGUCCUAAUUUGCCGAAUAGAAAUUGUCCCCUUAACAUGCACACGCAAAAUCUUGUGUGGGCAGAGUGCAAAAUAAGUCCAAAAUGCGGUCUAACACAAUCAAUCUUGUUCUGCCACGAUCAGCUUUUGAUCAGACAUUACACCAGCGUCACAUGGAAACACACUCUCACUGUUUAAAUUUUUGCUUUUGACUUUGCUUUUGAGACUCCUGCCUUGAAAUUUCCUUCAAACAAUUUGUCAG